CGGUUGGGGCACCAAGCAAUUCGAAUAGGAAUUGUGCCAUUUUCUCCAAACACACACCUACACACACCUAUGUGCAAAUAUAUUAGGAAUGCAGUGAAAAAAGGGCAUCACGAAAGUCGGUCUGCGCUCUCUGAUGAAGAAAAUGUUUCGGGUAUAAAGUGAAAUUGCAAAGUAUACGAUCUGUGGAGUUACGAAUUUGGGAAUAAUGGAACCGAAAAGAUGGCAUUUGCAUUUAUCAUGUUUUUUGCUACUCCUUAGUUCAACCUUUUCUGAUGUUGGAAAAAUUACGUCUUCUCAAAAUCAUUUUGGAAAUACUAUACAAAGUCAAUUCAAUACAAAAAACAAUACUCGUGUUAUUGCACAAAAAGGGGGUCUUGCCAUUUUACCGUGCGUGGUAAAAGUCAACUCUCCUGCAACGGUUUCCUGGAUACGAAGAAAGGACUUUCAGCUUCUGACAGUGGGUCUAUCCACGCACAGUAGCGACAAAAGAUUUUUGGUGGAACAUACCCGCCACAUGGGACAUUGGUCUCUAAGGAUUAAAGCAGUAAGAGAGGAGGACCGAGGCUUUUACGAAUGCCAAUUGUCAAUUUACCCAACCCAGUCAAUUGUUAUAGAAUUAAAGAUUGUCGAAGCGGUAGCGGAAAUAUCAAGUGCGCCAGAACUCCACAUAGAUGAGACUUCAACUUUACGACUGGAAUGCAAACUAAAGCGGGCAACGGAAAAUCCAGCAUUUGUAUUUUGGUACCAUGAUAGUAAAAUGAUUAAUUACGAUUCCCAGGGAGGAUUCGUGGUGACAUCGAUCGGGCAAAGUAACUUGCAAAGCGGACAGGUUUAUAGAAGUUCACCGGCGAAUAAAUCUCGCGCUACGGCUAAUGUAAACUCAAUGGAUUCCUCCCAUGGAGCCAUGAACAAUCUAUUGGGAAGUUCAGACAACUUCAAAGGAUCCAAUCCGCCUUCCUCGACACCGUAUUUCCUGGCACAUCAAUCCUCCUAUCUCCUUAAUCCUUCAGUAAGCGUCCUGACUGUAAAGCAAGUUAAUUUCCGGCAUGCUGGCAAUUAUACAUGCGCCCCAUCAAAUGCCCGCCCAGCUAGCAUUACAGUACAUGUUUUAAGAGGUGAGAAAACGGCAGCGAUGCAGCACGCCAACAGGACUAUUUUGGAUUCAGAAAAUAGCGGAAACGGAACUUUUGGAUUGAUCAGCUUGGGAGGACUUAAUGGCACUGCCAGUGUAGCAUUGACCGAAAGCCUAUUGCAUUUUUAUGGCAUGUUCCUGCUAGUAGCCGCGGUAGUUUUAGAUCGAUUCUCAUUAGCAGCAACUCACAAAGUAUUCUUAGCUUCCAUCGUAGUUCUUUUGCAUAGCUGAAACAUAUAAUUCACGAUACUAGGAAUGGAGCCACUUCAAUCAUUCGAAAAUAAAGAAUUGAUAUUUUCAAAUAGAAGAUGUAUAUAGAUCAUUGACAUACCAUAUUAAACAAAUUGUAAGACAUUUACGUAUUUUAAGAUUAACUGUAAAUAGACUUCCAUUACAUGCAAUGUAUUGAAUUGAGAAAUAAGAGAAUUCAAAGAACUUGUUACCCAAAUCUUAAAAAAUGCAAAAUCGUUAAAUCAAAAUGGAUUUAGCAAAGCAGAAUUGGAUGGCUCGAGGUGGUACGAUAUAAUGUAUGCUUAGAUGUUCAUAUUUAUUGACUGGUACUGACAUUUUAAUGUUAAAAACAAAGGAAUUAGAAUAAAUUAUUGAUAAAAUAAAAAACCAUACCAAUUUGUUACCUAAUAACUCGAAAAAUUUGAUCGUCACCUUUAAACUGUUAUUCUGCUCAGUGUUCGAUAUUUAGUAUAUAGAAGGAUUUAUGUAAGCACCUUUAGAAGUAUGGUAAUUCGUAUAUUGUAUGUAAAACUGUAAAUAAAUAUUACUUUCGUGAGCGUUUAGGAAGCGCUGUCUUGAAUCCAAAUGGGCCUAAAUGCCUGUAUUGUUUUGUUUAAAUUAAAAUACGGAAUGCAUACAAGUCAAUACAUUUUGUUGCAAAAUACCAAGGUUUUAAAUAAACAAAUCCAUUUUAAAA